UAAGAAUUUUAAAAAACUCAAACUGCGCUGUAUGCAGAUUACCUCGAAGAGAGAGAGAAAAAAAGUGAAACAAAAUUAAAGAAGGGAGGAGAAAGGAGGGAUAAACAGAAAAGAAACGGGCACUUUUAGUAAACCCUACGAACUCUUUCAGGCUCUCAUUCAAUGCGUUACCAAACUCACAAUCCCUUUUUCAUCCGAUUCCCUUCCUUCACUUCCAUUCCUUGCCCUCCAUCCACCAUCCCUCGCGUUUCCCCUUCUCUUCAGGUAUCGAAUUUCUCCCCUGUUUCGAAAGAGGAAAUGGAAUGCAUUGAAGCGGCUUUGAAGACCAGUUCUAGGAAGGAGUUGGCGUUUAAACCAGCACCCCAACCGUCUUUUGAUGAUUUUUGGGCGGUUGAUGGGCAGAAUGGGGUUUCCGGCGAAGAUUUUUUGGUGGAGGAGUUCCUUGACUUGUCUAAUGAGGAGGGCUUCCUUGAACAAGAGCAUGAUGAAGAGGAAGAAGAAAAGGUUCCCACUUUUUCUCCCUCUGCUUACCCCUCAAAGAAAGACCCGGAGGACCUUUCCUCCAACGAAAGCACCAGUUUUGAGUUUGAGUCCCUGCCCGCCAGCGAACUCUCCGUUCCAGCGGAUGAUGUUUUGGAACUCGAAUGGCUGUCCCAUUUCGUGGAGGAUUCCAACUCGGAGUACUCCGCAGCGUUUCCUCCCGAAGUUAUUCCGACCAAACCCAAGACCAACAUCGAUAGCAGGCCCGAACCCAAGAGCCCGGUCACAAGCAUUAAAACGCCAGUUCGGGCCAAAACCAGAAGCAAGCGCACAAGAACCGGCGGCCGGAGCUGGUCUCUUGUUGGUUCCCCUCCAGCAACGGAGCCUUCGUCAAGUUCGUCGUCAUCUUCAUCGUCCUGUGGCCUUUCGAGUCCCUUGCUUAUCUACACAAACCCAAUUCCCGGUUCCGGUUCAACACUUGAACCGGAUGAACCAGUUUUCUACGAGAAACCACCACCGGUCAAGAAACAAAAGAAGAAACUGGGAACUGAUUCAGCCGGUUGUACUGCGAGCCAGCUGCAACGUAGGUGCAGUCAUUGUGGCGUCACAAAAACUCCUCAGUGGAGAGCCGGUCCGCUCGGGACAAAGACCUUGUGCAAUGCAUGUGGGGUCCGUUACAAAUCGGGUCGGCUUUUACCAGAGUACAGACCAGCUUGCAGCCCGACUUUUUCCAGCGAAUUGCACUCGAACCACCACCGGAAGGUACUGGAAAUGCGGCAGAAGAAGGAUAUGUUAGGACAGCCGGAGCCAAGUCUGCCUCCUCCCUCCUGCCCUGCCUAGUUUUUGACGGAAUAGAUUAAUCAGGAAUACAGGACAGCAGAGAUAGAUUGACAGGGGGCCGAGUUAGAUUAGAAUAGAUUAAAUUUUGUAUAUUGUUUUUAAUUUUUAAAAUUUCUCGGAUAUAACAGAUUAGGGAGAACUUUAAUUUUUAAUUUUUCAUUGUAGUACUACUCUAUUUUUUUAUAAUUUUAUAAUUUUUAUUUUUUUUAAAAAAUAUUUUACAAUUUA